ACAACUUUUUGACAGUUCCAUAUCUUGAUUGGUGAUAAUUUUAUUGUUGACGUUAUGGUGUACGUAUGAACUAAAAUCAGUGAAAAUAAAGUAACGAAUUAGUCAUGGAUACAAAAGUGGAUAUGUAUGAUGACUUCAACGACAGUCUCGCUGGUGACAUGUCAAUUCCCACAGCCGCAAAGAAAAAUACAUCGCAACCUGGAGCACCCGAUUUCAACACACUGGAUGAACCCAUUAAAGAAACAAUCUUACGCGACGUGAAGGCCGUGGGCAGUAAAUUUUAUCACGUUUUGUAUCCCAAAGAGAAGUCCAGUCUGCUGAAGGAAUGGGACCUGUGGGGACCGUUAGUUCUGUGCACAUUUAUGGCAACGAUUUUACAGGGUUCCGAAUCAGGCGAUAAAUCGUACGACGGAGGACCGGAAUUUGCGGAAGUGUUUGUGAUAGUGUGGAUUGGUGCGAUGAUUGUCACACUCAAUUCGAAGUUAUUAGGCGGAAACAUAUCGUUCUUUCAAUCGGUAUGCGUUCUCGGAUAUUGUUUGACACCAGUUGCUGCAGCGCUGAUCAUCUGUAGAGUAAUAUUACUAGCACCACAAACGAAAUUACUGUUUUUCGUUCGGCUACUGACAACAGUUAUGGGUUUCAUUUGGGCGACUUACGCUUCACACAUUUUUCUCGGAGACAGUCAACCGGUAAAUCGGAAACCAUUAGCUGUCUAUCCAAUAUUCCUGUUCUAUUUCAUCAUAUCGUGGCUGGUCAUUUCACAUUCGUCGAUGUAAAGAAAAAUGCGUAAAAUUUGGUCGUUCAAGUCGUUUACAUGUAAGGAUUUUGAAUUAUUUUCUUUAAAGUUAAGUGAAUUACAACAACCAAUUACUGUAACACACAAAUUCAACUAUAUUUAAAUAAAAUUUACUGGAUGCUUGUAAUAUACAAAUCACACGACUACGUACUGUA